AUGGUGGACAAUUUGCUGGUGGAGCUUCCAGCGAACUUUUCCUUGGACCAUAAGAAAGGCAACCGUCAGCACAUCCCGAAGCAGGGUGCCACACUGCCACAAUGGCUUGUGCUGUAUGUUGUCAAAAAAGGGGUGGAGCAUCAUGCGGAGGCUUGUGUCGCCAUUAGGGCAACACAGGUUUGUUUGAAGGAGGGGGCCCUGAGCCCGGCUGAGGCGCUUCAGUGUCAACAGUGGUUUAAUGACACACGACACAGAAAACGGCCGGGCUCAGAAGGGUCAAGGGGAACAGAAGAAGAGUUCUUUUGUUGGAGUUUUGACCGUCUCUUUGCUUUUGAUGCUCCCAUUUGCUUGCGUCGGGAGCAGUUUGCUGGCAAGCAACUCCAGCGUGGCAGCAGGCCCCCAGCAGAACUGUGCAGUGUGCUGAGUCGGGCGUCAGGAAGCCAUUUGCUUGGAGAUGCUGAGGAGAACACGUUGGCAGAACUUGUGCAGAAAAAGGUUUGGAUGCUGCAGGUACCUGCGGGUUUGGAUAUCCUGUCCCAGGCACAGGCCCAGGACCAUGUCUCAGAAGAUCUGAGGCUUUGGACACCCCACUCGAUUGUGGCGGCUUUGCAUGUGAAAGUAGCAGAGCCUGUGCCCUUGCCUGUGCCAGAGCAAGCGGCACAGGGAAACCCCGACGAAACCCGUGGCGAUAGUGACGGCGAGGAUCCGGAAGCUGUUCAAGGGGCUGGGGAAGAAUCGCCGCCCCCUCGGCGACAAUCAGCAGCUGUUGCUGCCAGAAUUGAGAAAGUAAAGCAUCCCUUGACCCCCUUGCAAGAAAUCCAGAUUGUUCGCUUGAAUUUCAUGCUACAGAAUCCAAGCGAGUUGCCUCGGGUUGUCAGUUGCGUGGCCAAUUUUCUCGGGCCCUUCACAGGAACAAUCCGGGGAGAUGUCUUGCAGGAGGCCUUGGCUUCUGUGCCGGGCAGAUACAAGGUGAGGCAACAGAUGCUUCGAUUGGAUUGGCUGCACAUGCUGCACGGGCGGUGCGUAAUGCAAGAGCAAGUGCGUGACGGGGACAAGUCUGUGAGCAGGUUCCUGUCCAUGGAUGCCAGUCCACAGGGUGGAUAUGAGUACUUGGCCAUGACUGAGGAAGUUCUGGUUAGGCGUUUGCCGGUCAUUCCUUCUUCCAAUCCGUGGUCCGGCUUCGAGCACGAGUUUCGAACCAUGCCUAUCAUGUCUGCCAUCAUACUGGAGUACGGGCAGGCGAACCUGGACAUGUACCGAAAGCAGGUGAAAGGUUGGGUUUCCGAUCAGGGAACGGAACGUGGCAUCCCUCAUUGGCCAAUGGCAGCCGGCGAGCGAAUGAACGAGCUGGCGGCUGCGUUGCAGGCAGAAGACCAGCCCUCUUUGGAGUUGCUGGCGACUGGAACGAGCCAAGAAUUCUUGUUUAACAGUUUUACACAUGCUGGUUUGCUCCACAUUCUUUUUAAUGCUCUCGAGGAGACCUGCAAGUCCUGCCCCAGGUGGGACCAAGUGGAAAAAGAAGUCAGUGCUGUGAGCAAGUUGCUGACAAACCGUUCCUUUCGUGAGGUUGUUCUUUCCCGGAUGAUGCAAGAGGCGACAGCACAAGAGAAGAAAGUUGUGCAGGGCUAUCAUGGCGAGCUCUUGUCCUGGCGAUGGGAGUCCCUGCAUGAGACCUUGAAGCACUACCUGGAAGUCCGGCCUUUGCUGUCAAAAUACUGGGAUCGUGGGCUUCUGUCGUCUGAAGCUGCUUUGUGUGAUCUUGUCUCGAGUGCACUGCAGGACCCAUUUCAUAUUGCCUACGUGCAGUGGGCGUUUAUGUUUGCGAGCUUUGUGCAGGAACUUGCACAUUGGAGCGAAGGAUGUUUUUGUCACGAUGCUGCCCUGAGGAAAUGCAAAACCAAAGCCAGAAGGGCGUCCAUCAAGUGCCCGUGGAAAGGCCGGCGUUCCAGCGUGCUCUGUGCCGGACGGAAGGACGAAGUGAUCAGCAGGGUGCAUCGUGUGACCAGCACCAGCUUCACAGAGACCAUGCUCGAACUUCCUACCCAGGUGUCUGCUGCGAUGGCUUUGCUGGACCAACAGGCCCGUGACAAAUGGGCAUCCAUUUUGAAGGAGAAGCUGGAGUAUUUGGACCACGUGCCACAUCGGCUGGCAGGGGCCUAUGCCCACCAUGCCAGGCCCGACUUGUAUGGCUUGCAGCACAGCAAACGGAUUGUGCGGGAAUGUUUUGAGGAGUAUAAUGCUUUGAAAGAACAGGGUCGAACGAAUGCACUUCUUCAAGGUUUGUUCGAGCGUCGUGGCGAUGCGGGCUUGGCUGACCAAUUGUGGGCUUUUGGGCAAAGUUCACCUGACGAGACUCUGGAGAACUUUCCCUGUGCUUGGGCAGAAAUUCAAGAGCGAGCGUCUUGCUCCAUGGUUGAGCGGAGCACUGAGAGACAGCAUGUUUUGAUCAAGAUCGGGGGCCGGAGAACCCUGAGGUUUGGGGGGCCUGCGAUGACAUGUGUGCGUGCCCGGCGUGCCCAACUGCAGGCGAUGAUCGACGAUGCACGGCAGUGUGCCUUUCUAGCAAGGGAAUGGAAGCGACGAGGGUUGGAAGCAGAUCUUCUUUCCCAUCUGUUGACCAAGGAAGAGUGUGCCAGGAAGACGAAGAGUUACCUGGUGUCCCGGAUUUAUGGCUACAAUGAGGCCGACCAUUUCUUGGAUGGUCUGCGUGAAGAGGAGCAGGCGGCCCAGGCAUUGCAAGCAGCCACGACCCUGGCGUUAAAGGCUGGUGACGAACAGCACCAGGUGGCAUCGUCCCUGGACAAACGGCAGUGGAUGAUUGUGGACUACAUCAAAAGCCAGCUCGAGUCUGGCAUGCUCUUCAGUGUGCCGGAGAUGUUGUUCGAUUCGCUUUUGCCAGAUGCCGAGUCGGAGGCUUUGCAGGAGGGUGUGAAUUUGGACCUUUGGAGUUUUGUCGAUGCGUUCAUGACAGAGGAGGCCGUUUUCCCCCCCAGCGAGUUGGUGUACUGCUAUGUCUUGGAUGCGAAGCCCGAGAAACGAGCACAGCAAAAAGGCUUGACUCACGUGGACAGGCGUGGCCACAUGAAAGUCCUGAGGUUCUUGAAUGUGGACCUGCAGAGCCCAGCAGAGCCCCGGGUCACAUACUCCCACACGGCCCGGCACACAUUAGACUUGCUAAAGCUGGCCACUCCGGCUGGCUUGAAGCUGCUUGAGUCUCAGUGCACACUUUGGGCAUCAACUGCCAAAUCCUUGCAAGUGCAGGUCAUGCCAAUUGAGGGACCUCAGGUGUCGCCGGAUGGUUACCCGUCCCACUCGCUUAGCUUGCCUGCGUUCGUGACCGAUGACGACAUGUUGGAGGAUCUGCGAGGAGAAGCACAGCCUGACAGACAGGCCCUGUCCGUGGCGGAAGCAUCUCAGCAACAGCCACAGGCCGUGGCAACCCUGGCAGGAAUUCUAGCACAGCACGAAGAAGCCCUCCUCCAAACUUUGCUUGAGAGCCGAGCUCUGGGUGAAAACUUUCAGGCGCCUCUUGAUCUUCCGUAUUACAAUACGGAAGCAGCUGCAGGUCUUCACCGUCGAGGUCUCAUCAAGCUUCGUGAGGAUGCUUUUGGCUCAACGGAAAUUGCACUGAGUGAUGCCACGAACGUUGUCAGCGUUUUGAGUCUGACCGACCCCAUAAGUCUCUGUGCGGAUGAGGUUUGCAUGCGAAACCCACCUGGCAGAAACAAGCUUGCCUGGCUGAAAUCCUUGGUUCAGGAUGGAUGGCAGCCAGCUGAUGAUGUCGAGGACUGGCAUAGAAAAGGUGGUGAGAGGAAGCUGCCUGAAAACAUAAUCCAGCGACCAGAGAGCCACUUGAAGGCACUCCGUGUCCAUGAGAGCAUCUUCGAAAAGCCUGGGGGACUGUUGCGAAUUUCCCAUUCAGGCUCUGCUGCUUUCUACGACUUUCUUUUGACAGCAGCUGAUUUGUCCGAUGUGCAGAGUUGGUCAUUGCAGCAGUGCCGUGAGUUUGCUGCAGAUCGAAAGCGGAAAGCUGCCCGGGCAGCACAGGAUGCACAGCAGCGUGGGCUUCGGGCUGUGGAGAAACCUUUGUCGCUGGCUCUGGACUUGCCAGCAGAGCCUUCUGUGCCGUGCCGAAUCCCAGGGAUGCACGACUUUGUAGUCCAUUAUGAUAACUGGACUCACCAGAGUGGCCAUCGGCGAGCUUUCGUUCAGUGCAGGGAAGCAUCUCAUGGCAACUGCAGGAGAUACACUUUCCUGCGACAGCAUUCUGACAAGGCCACUGCGGUGGCAUGGCUGUUAGCGUGGGUGAUGGAAGCUUCGAGAUUUGAGACAGGAUUUUGGGCUUAUGGGUGCUGGGAGGAGCAGGGAGCGGACACCCAGGUGCUGAGGGAAGCUCGUGCAGUCGGUGCCCUGUUUGUCAGUGGCCGGGGCCUUCGGGCCUGCAGGAGAAACAUGCCUGGGCCGAACACGGCAAAAGCAAAAGCGGCUGGGCCGACUGGUGCGGUUGGCGGGGCCGAGAAGCAGCGAGCUUGCUCGGCGGACAGAAAGAGCCCGAGCAACCGGUCCUCCGAAGAGGAGGACAAGAAGGACAGAAAAAGCCGAAGCCACCGGUCAUCCGAUGAGGACGACAAGAAGGACAGAAAGAGCCCAAGCCACCGGUCAUCGGAUGAGGAGAAGAAGGACAAGGAGUCCUCAGAAGAAGGCUCUGGCUCGGGUGAUGGCUCGGGCUCCAAGACCUCGAAGGAUUCCCCGGCUAGGGGCCGUCGUCGGCAAGAGUCGACUGAGACGGAACGGAAGAGCCGCCGAGACCGUAGCCGGAAGCAGUCGCGAUCCGGGAGCAGCGAAAGAGAACGAGGACGUCGGGGCUCUCGCCGUGGGCAAGAGCGGUCAGAGACGAAGGCCCGGCAAGAUGAGGGCCGUGAGCCCACGUCCUGGUCAUUGGUGAGCAAUGCUGCAGACAAGGAGAAGGAGAAGACGACCCAAGACGAAGGGGAAGGCAGCACACCCCAGGCUGGGCAGAAGAGGGACCAGGAGCUGUUCGGUCCCUACGGCGGGGAGGUUCCACAGUUCCAGAUCCGGGACCUCCCUGCCGACAAGGCUGCUGGCUUUUACAAAGGGCAAUGGCAGGAAGAGAAGGUGCGGUGCCCUGUGUGUUGGCAGGUGAAGCCACGGACCACCAUGUGGCUUCACCUCCAACAGAACUCGAUGUGCCUUUGGUGGCAAAAAAAGUACCAGGGCAUCGAGUACAAGGCUGAGUUCCAGUGCAUGCACUGCGACAAGAUGUUUUACCAAGCAACAGCCAGGGACCAGCACGAGCACCGCUGCUGGCUCAACCAGCCCCCGGCGGAGCCGAAGGAUCCUCCUCGAGCAAGGAUGCCUUCGGAGCAAGCUGCAGAAGAACGAGGGGCCGCUUCUCCAGCUCGGGCAGAGGUCCAAGACAAGGGACGGGCCAGAAGCCAGCCUGCAGAGGUGCACCUGCGAACAGCCUCGACAGUUCGCAGGAGCAGAGACAAGAAGGAAAAAAAGGAGAAGAAGCAGCCCAAAAAGUCGAGGAUGCCAAGCCGAGCCCGAAGUGCCCGAAGCCGCCGCUCUGGACACCAUUCGGUCAAGAGUGAAGAGAAGAGCCCAGAGCCACCAGGGCCAUCCAGCGGCCCCGGAGGGCAGCGGGAGUGUCCCGGCAGUGUCCCGGCAGUGUCCCGGCAGUGUCCCGGCCUGUCCCGGCCUGUCCUGGUGUGGGUCCCGGCGUCCCGCCGCGUCCCGCCCACGUCCCGCCCACGUCCCGCCCACGUCCCGCCCUCGUCCCGCCCGCGUCCCGCCCGCGUCCCGCCCACGUCCCGCCCACGUCCCGCCAGCGUCCCGCCAGCGUCCCGCCCACGUCCCGCCAGCGUCCCGCCAGCGUCCCGCCAGUGUCCCGGCAGCGUCCCGCCAGCGUCCCGCCAGCGUCUCGUUAGCGUUUUGCCAGCGUCCCGCCCGCAUCCCGCCCACGUCCCGCCCACGUCCCGCCAGCGUCCCGCCCAUCCAGCCGGCAUCCCGCCACCAGCGUCCUGCCCGUCCCACCCACGUCCCCUCACCCACGUCACGCUUUGGGCGGGAAAUCGAGUCGAGAACGAGACAGGCCAGACAAAGCAGCAGAUCGUCGAGGACUCUGGAACGGGGGCCCGUGAGCAGCACCCGCCCCGCUCACGGAGCCCCAGAAACAAGGAAGAGUGGCGAUGGUGCUGGCGUGUGACGGAGAAUGUGUGGUGGUGGGAGUGGUUUCCCGUCACCAAAUCAUGGCUUCGACAGCACUGA